AUGACACCAUUACACCACGCUGCUAAAAACAAUCGUAAAAAGACAUGCGAAUUACUUAUCAGAUCAAAAGCUACAGUCAACAUGCCUGAUGCCGAAGGAAACACACCAUUCUUAACAGCUCUUAUUGCUGGUUCAUCCGAUGCUGUCGCUUCCUUCAUUAAGGCCGAUGCAACAGAUUUAACAGUUCAAAACAAGAAACAACAGACACCAGCCCAUUUCCUUGCUGCUAUGGGCAACAUUGCUAUACUCAAAUCUCUCGCUAAGAAAGGACUUAACUGGAACGCACAAGAUGAUCAAGGCCGUACUCCAGUUGAGCUCUGCGCAGAUUCCGGCAAUGCUCAAUGCUUCGAAUUUCUUCUUACAAAGCUUGGUGGCGAUCCAAGUGUUACAAAUGCUGCAGGAGAAUCUCUUGCUCAUAUCAUCUCAGCCAAAGGCCAUGCUCCACUUCUCGGCAUCCUUAAGGCUUCCGGUGGUAACGUCGAUAGCGAAGAUGCAAACGGCUGCCAUCCAAUCCAACAAGCCGCCGCAUCAAAUUCCGUUGCCGUUAUUGAAGCAUUGAUCAAACUCAUGGCCCAAGUCAACUGCACAGAUGCAAAGGGCGAUACUCCAAUCCACUACGCCGCAAAUAAUGGCGCUGUUGAAGCCAUGGAAUGCCUUGUAAAUUCCGGUGCAGACAUUAACUCUAAAAACAAAGCCGGAGAAUCAGCUUUGCACAUUGCCGUCAAGAAAGGCGAUUGCAAGAUGAUCAACGCACUUUCCGACAAGAACGUUGAUGUUUCUCUCCGCGACAACAACGGAAACACAGCUCUCCAUCUCGCCAUUCCUUUACACAACACAGAAGUCAUCAACACAUUGAUUGGCAUUUCUGUUCCUCCAAACUCCCAGAACAACGACAACAUGACAGCUCUCCACCUCGCAGCAACUCUUGGAGAUGUCGAACUUGUCCAGAACCUCAUCAAGGCCGGCGCCGACGUAGACAUGAAGAAUAAUGAUGGAGAAACACCACUUGAAUUGGCAUCAGCUUGUGGAGAUGUUCCUGUUGUCAAAGCAUUGAUUGAAGCACGUGCAGAUGUCAAUUCCAAGGACGGACAAGGAAUGACACCAUUACACAAGGCAGUACAGAAGAACCAAGUCGAAGUCAUCAAGUGCUUGAAGGAAGCCAACGCAAAUAUCAAUGCAAAGACAGGAGAUGGAGAAACACCAUUAAUCAUAGCAACAAAGAUGAAGAAUGUUGAUUUGAUUAUGAUGUUAAUCGAUAUGGGAUGCGAUGUAAAUAUCGGUGAUAUCAAUGGAACAACACCAUUACAUUAUGCUUGCAAGUUAGAUUUAACUAAACCAGCUUUGCAACUCAUAGAAAAAGGAUCAGAUAUCAUGGCAAAAGGCGAAGGAAACAAUACUCCUUUGCAUUUUGCUUCAUUGAACAUGAACAAGCAACUUGUUGAAGUUUUGAUCAAGAAAGGAGCAAACGCAAGAGAAAUGAAUUCAGAAGGAAGAACUCCUUUGCAGGGAAUUAGAUUGACAUUCGCCAAGUUCAUGAAACAGUUGAUGGGUGAAGAUAAAGGUGAUAAGAAGGAAGAUAUUAAGAUUGAUGUUUCAGAAGUAUUGAAUCAGAGUGGAGAAAAAUUAGAAACACAAACAGAACUUAAAGAUACAUUCUGUUUGUUAUGCAGAAGAAGAGCUGCAACUGCUGCUUUACUUCCUUGCGGACACCUUUGCAUUUGCGAUGCUUGCCAACAUGAAAGACUCGCAACAUUAAAGCAAUGCCCAAUCUGCAAGAAAGAUGUAUAUGGAGCUUGUGCAAUCUUCUGUGAAAAUUAA